GAAGCUCUUCGUGGGCGGUCUCGACUGGAGCACAACCCAAGAGACCCUGCGCAGCUACUUCUCCCAGUAUGGGGAGGUCGUGGACUGUGUCAUCAUGAAGGACAAGACAACCAACCAGUCUCGGGGCUUCGGGUUCGUCAAGUUCAAAGACCCCAACUGCGUGGGCACCGUGCUGGCCAGCAGGCCGCACACCCUGGACGGCCGGAAUAUCGACCCGAAGCCAUGCACGCCACGGGGGAUGCAGCCAGAGCGGACGCGGCCGAAGGAAGGCUGGCAGAAAGGGCCCAGGAGCGACAACAGCAAGUCGAACAAGAUCUUCGUUGGCGGGAUUCCGCACAACUGCGGCGAGACCGAACUCAGGGAGUACUUCAAGAAGUUUGGGGUGGUCACCGAGGUGGUCAUGAUCUAUGACGCGGAGAAGCAGCGGCCUCGAGGUUUUGGAUUUAUUACUUUCGAGGACGAACAAUCAGUGGACCAGGCUGUCAACAUGCAUUUUCACGACAUCAUGGGCAAAAAAGUGGAGGUUAAGCGGGCAGAGCCUCGGGACAGUAAGAGCCAAGCUCCAGGACAGCCGGGUGCCAGCCAGUGGGGCAGCCGGGUCGUGCCCAGUGCUGCCAACGGCUGGGCAGGCCAGCCCCCGCCCACGUGGCAGCAAGGAUACGGCCCCCAAGGAAUGUGGGUGCCAGCAGGACAGGCCAUUGGUGGCUACGGACCGCCCCCUGCAGGAAGAGGAGCGCCCCCUCCACCACCGCCAUUCACCUCCUACAUCGUGUCCACGCCUCCCGGAGGCUUCCCCCCGCCUCAGGGCUUCCCCCAGGGCUAUGGCGCCCCUCCGCAGUUCAGUUUCGGCUAUGGGCCCCCACCUCCGCCACCGGAUCAGUUUGCCCCUCCAGGGGUCCCUCCUCCGCCCGCCACUCCGGGGGCAGCACCUCUGGCCUUCCCUCCACCUCCGUCUCAGGCCGCCCCGGAUAUGAGCAAGCCCCCGGCGGCCCAGCCCGAGUUCCCCUACAGCCAGUAUGGUUACGGGCAGGACUUGAGUGGCUUUGGACAGGGCUUCUCGGACCCCAGCCAGCAGCCCCCCUCUUACGGGGGCCCCUCGGUGCCAGGCUCGGGGGGCCCCCCCGCCAGCGGCGGGGGCUUUGGACGGGGCCAGAACCACAACGUGCAGGGCUUCCACCCCUACCGACGCUAGGGGCGCCGCGGAGGGCGUCUCACGGCCGGGGCUGGAGCGUGGACUUGUGACAAUCACAGACUGGCAGCGGGCAGCGA